AUGCUGCGCGUGGUGAGCUGGAACAUUAAUGGGAUCCGGAGCCCUCUGCAAGCGGAGGAGCCCAACUCCACCACCAUGGCCAUGGCGCGCAUUUUGGACAAGCUGGAUGCUGACAUCCUCUGUCUUCAGGAGACUAAAGUUACCAGGGAUGUGCUGACAGAGCCCCUGGCCAUCAUUGAGGGCUAUAACUCCUAUUUCAGCUUCAGCCGCAACCGAAGUGGCUAUUCCGGUGUAGCCACCUUCUGUAAGGACAGCGCCACCCCACUGGCUGCUGAAGAAGGCCUGAGUGGCCUGCUUGCCCCUCAGAAUGGGGGCGUGGGUUGCUAUGGAAACAUGGAUGAAUUCAGCCAAGAGGAGCUUCGGGCUCUGGAUAACGAGGGCCGGGCCCUCCUCACUCAACACAAGAUCCGCACGUGGGACGGGAAGGAGAAGAUCUUGACCAUAAUCAACGUGUACUGCCCCCACGCUGACCCUGGGAGGCCUGAGCGGCUGACCUUUAAGAUGCGCUUCUAUCGCUUGCUGCAGAUUCGAGCAGAAGCCCUCCUGGCAGCCGGCAGCCAUGUGAUCAUUCUGGGUGACCUGAACACCGCGCACCGCCCCAUUGACCACUGUGAGGGACUCAACCUGGAAUGCUUUGAAGAGGACCCAGGACGCAAGUGGAUGGACGGCCUGCUCAGUAAGCUGGAUUGCCAGGGUGGGUCCCACAUUGGGGCUUUUAUUGAUACCUACCGCUGCUUCCAUCCAAAGCAGGAGAAGGCCUUUACCUGCUGGUCAACAAUCACUGGCGCCCGGCGUGCAAACUAUGGCACCCGGAUUGACUAUGUGCUGGGAGACAGGACUCUGGUUAUAGACACCUUCCGGGACUCCUUCCUGCUGCCUGAGGUGAUGGGCUCAGACCAUUGUCCCGUGGGUGCAAUCCUGAGCGUGUCUUCUGUGCCAGCAAAUCAGUGCCCUCCUCUUUGCACCCGCUUCCUCCCUGAGUUUUCAGGCACCCAGCUCAAGAUCCUUAAUUUCCUAGUCCAGCCCAAACAAGAGCCUGUGUCCAAGCAGUCAGUGCUGCAGGUCAGCAGUCAAACCCAGGGACAGAUGCGCCAAAACAAAGCCCAGGUGCGCUCGAUCAGGCCUCGGCCAAGUCGGGCUGGCUCCAGCAGAGGCCAGAAAAAACUGAUCAACUACUUCCAGCUGUCCUCCAGCCGUCUCCAAGCUUCUCCCAAUGUGGAGCUUCCUAACCUGUGUGCCCUUGUGACCCCAAAGAUCCCAGAAGACGAGGUGAUGGGAAAAGGGGUAGGGCAAGCCAAGGAUGCAGAGGCCAAGGAUAAGAAGGAGGUACGGACAUCAUUCUGGAAGUCUGUGCUGGGGGGUCCCUUGCCUCUGCCGCUCUGUGGGGGCCAUGGGGAGCCUUGUGUGAUGCGAACUGUGAAGAAGGCAGGACCCAACCAGGGUCGCCAAUUCUACAUGUGUUCCAGGCCCCGGGGGCCUUCCACUGACCCCUCUUCUCGCUGCAACUUCUUCCUCUGGAGCCGGCCCAGCUGA